AUGUGCCCCCCAGUCAGCAAGCGGUAUAUGGGGGAGGGCAUGUCCUACCUCCAUGCCUCCUGGUUGUAUGAUCUUCAACAUGGAAACCAGCUAGAGAUUUGCUUCUCUUGCUUCAAGGCUGCCUUUCUGGACCUUAAAGACUUGCUGGAGUCAGAAGACUGGGAAGAUGAAGACUGGGACCCUGAGCUAAUGGAGCACAGUGAUGAAGGGCUUGAGCAUGAGGGGUCCCCAGAGAUGGAGCCAAGCUGGGGGCAGGACCAGUGGCAGCCUGUGCAGGGGGACUCUCAGGCCUUGGGGCAUGGGAUCCUGGUAUCAGGCCCAGAGGGAUCAGAAGAGGGAGGCCUGAACCACCACUUUGUGCCCAGUGAGCUAAAUCCUCAGGAUGCAGUACCCCUGGGCCUGGGCCCUGAGGAUGCUGACUGGACCCAGGCCCUUCCAUGGAGACUUGGGGUACUUCCUACCUGCUCACACUGGCCAUGCUCCCCUCCUCCAUGGCAAGGGUUUCUCAAAGUUGACCUUCCCCCAGGGGAGCCCAUGGUUUUGGAGUUGGGCACCACCUGGGCAGUGAACCCAGCUGAGGUUGAGGCCUGGUUAAUGGACCUGCAGGUUGUCUCCAUGGUGGGCUGUUAUGAUGCCAUCUACCUUCGGAAGAUGACUCCAGUCUGGGCUCUAAGAACCUCAGGACAGCACUGGAAAUUGUUGCUGGAGCCGGAAGAGAUAUGGGUGGUGAGGUUCCAAGAUGCACCCCAGCAGCAGGACCUGCACCAGUGGAAGCUGAGCAUUCUGGAAUUCUCUCCAGGGCAGAAUGAAGAGCUGGUCCCUGCAGACUUAGCCCUGCAGAAGAAAGGAUUCACCAUUGUUUCUUAUUCACCCUGGAUGGAAAGGGAGACAGAGGAGGGGGACUCAGCCUGUAACCUUCAGUCCUUUACCCAAGGACAAGGUUCUAGCACCACUGAGACUGGAAGCAGUGAUCCCAGGGGGCCGGGAGAAAGCCUGGCUGUUGUGGGAGCCUUAGCUAUGGGGGAGCUGCCCUGUUUCCAGCCUUUUAGCCCAGGGCCCCAGAACUGA